AAAGCUACUUGUUUUUCCUUUUUUUUCUUCUCCUUUUUUUAUCCUUAUCGUCGGUCAGUUGUUGAAAACGGGCGGAAUAAAGCAGACCAGAACGCGAAUAAGUCAAAGAAUUCGUUUGAGUCUAACUAAAGAACCCGGUACAUUGUUUCUUUUGCAUUUCUUUGAGUCUAUAAAGCAUUGUCUUGAUCGGUCAUCGAGUGCAGUAACCCGCGAGCUUUGGAUUAGAAGGUCCGCUACUCUAUCACCGCGAUAUACAUACGUAUAUCGAUAUAGACAUCGAUCGAACUAUGAACGCGAUCAAGAAACGUUUGCAAACGUUGAAGGUCGAGAAAGAUCUUGCGAUAGAUAAAGCCGAUAUGUGCGAUCAACAGGCAAAGGAGGCUAAUCGUAGGGAAGAAAAAUUGAGAGACGGUGUACGAGAACUGGCAAAGAAACUAAUUCAAAUGGAACAUGAUUUGCAAGUGAGCAAAACUCAUCUAAAAAAGUCGAUUAAGAGUCUCGAACAGAAGGAAAGAAUUUAUAUCGUGACGCAAUCCGAACUGGCAAUAUUGAAUAGAAAGAUGCAACAGUGUUCGGAAAAUUUAGAAAAAUCCGAAGAACGACGACUCGUUGCACAAGUUAAGUUAACGCAAGCUAUGGAAACUGCAGAAGAUGCAAAACGAAUUUGUAAGGUCUUGGAGAAUAGAAGCAAAUUGGACGAGGAAAGAAUGGAUCAAUUGACGGCACAGUUGAAAGAAGCCAGGCUUAUCGCUGAAGAUGCCGAUAAUAAAUCCGACGAGAUUUCACGAAAAUUGACUUUCGUUGAGGACGAACUCGAGGCCGCGGAAGAAAGAGUGAAAUCGAGCGAAGCUAAAAUCGUCGAACGCGAGGACGAAUUGUUCAUCGUCGGUAAUAUAUUAAAGUCUUUGGAGAUAUCCGAAGAAAAGGCCAAUCGGAGAGUGGAAGCGUUCAAAGCGCAAUUGAAGGAAUUGAAAGUUAAAUUAAAAUCAGCUGAGAAGCGAGCAAUCAUAGCUGAACAAGCCGUCAAGGUGCUUGUCAAGGAAUUAGAUUCGAGAGAAGAUUAUUUGUUUAAAGAAAAGGAGAAAUACAGGUAUAUAUGCAACGAUAUGGAUUCCACUUUUGCCGAGCUUACAGGAUUUUAAUCGAGUUAAUCGUAUUGGAUUCUUAAACUUUUCGUUAUUUUUCUUCUUUCUUUCUUUUUUUUUCUUUUUUUCAUCUAGGAUGAUAUUGUUGUACUUUUGUAUAAAAAAAAAAUGAGAUAACGAAAGAACGGAUAUGUUUUACACGA